AUGGCGACAAGCCUAGUUCCCGUGCUGGUUCAGAAAGAGAAGGAAGAUAUUUCAGACUUGCGUGUCGGGCAUGGCCUCUCGCUUGUGCCGUACCGUGCGAUCUCGCUCUCCUUCGUGCGACAAGACGGGUUACCGAAGCUCGUCAACCAAUGGGAGCUGCGCGAGGCGAUCGAGGCGAAAUACAGAUCCCACGCGUCGGCGCCCAAUUGGCCUUCUUUUAACGAGAAAGAUCUCACGAUUUCCUGGACGAAGAACCUCGAUAAGAUCACACGUGGCGAGCCAAUCGCCGUGGCGACGCUGCUAUUAUGGGGACGCUCAGGAGAAUCCGUAGCCUCUUCUGUGGUCUCUAACUUCGGAAGUUGGGAAACUAGGGUUUCCGCGGCUCGAAUUACCUGUCAUGCUGAGCCAGCAGAUUCGCCGUCCUAUGGCGAGCUGAUGCGCGAUUGGCUGGCAGAGGAAUCCGGAAGGAAGGGUGGUUCGGAAAAGCGCCCGGAUACGCUGAGGGUAUGCGGCAUUCCGUGCCGCUGGUUGGCGGAAGAGCGGGUUUCCACGAAGCCGUCGCUGCUGAUCGCCCACACUGUCUUCUCCUCGUUUGGUCCCGUCAGGAACAUCGAGCUUCUAGACCCCAACGAGGAGCUCCCCUCCGCUAAAGUCACACAAGGACGAACCCUGGGGGUUGCUGGUGCAGCAGCAUCGAGAACGGCUGGUUUGGGAUUAGGUUUGGGAGCAGGUUUGGCGCUGAAGCUGGAGACGGACGUGAUGGUGAGGUUCGGCAGCCACAGCACGUUCUGUGAUGCUGUGAAGGCGCUGGCUCGACAUGCUGUGAAGAAGACGAGGGAAACGUGCUACUCCUUCUCAUUGCUCCCUUCCCCCCCUUCCCUCCCCUCCCCAUCAACCCCCCCCCUCCCCAUCAAACCCCCCCCCCUCCCCAUCAAACCCCCCCCUCCCCAUCAAACCCCCCCCCUCCCCAUCAAACCCCUCCCUCCCCAUCAAACCCCUCCCUCCCCAUCAAACCCCUCCCUCCCCAUCAAACCCCCCCCCUCCCCAUCAAACCCCCCCCCUCCCCAUCAAACCCCCCCCCUCCCCAUCAACCCCCCCCUCUCUUUUUCUCACUCGAGAUCAACGGUGGGGAUUACUUUGACGAUAAAAACUUGCGGCUCUGCUUCAUGUCCCCGUUCUCCCCCACCCCUCUCCCUCUUCACCCCUCUCCCCCUUCACCCCUCCCUCCCUCCACCGCUCUCCCCCUCCACCCCUCCCCCCCUCCACCCCUCCCCUCUCCCUCUCCUCCCCUCCCCCCUCCACCCCUCUCUCCCUUCCCCUGAAUUUUCACUUGAACGAUUCCUUGAAGGAUCUUUAUCUCUGGCGAGAGUACAGCUGGUGAUCGACGGUGGGGAUUACUUCGACGAGCGGAACGUGCGGAGGAGGCGAUUCACGAGGGAGCAGCGAGCCGAGGAGGAGAGGCAGCAGCGGGAGCGGGAGGAGCGGAGGAAGGCGGAGAGAGAACGGGCGGAGAGAGAGAGGAAGGAGGUGGAGGAGCGGAAGGCGCGAGAGGAGGAAGAGAGGGUUCGUCGGGAAGAGGAGGAGCAGCGACGGAGGGAGGAGGAGGAGGAGGCGGAGAGGUUGAGGCAGUUGGAGGAAGAGGAGGAGAGGCGACGGCUGGAGGAGUUACAGACAUGCAAGGUGGUGGCUAAUGUGUGA